GACUUGUGGAAUGAAGUCCGGUCGGUUUGGCCUUGCAGUGACGCUGCAUCCCAACAGCGUUGACUGAGUAGAGAAGACUAUGAAGCUGGCUACGAUUCGCAGUGCUUGUGGGAGUCUUCGGGUGCAUGGAGCUCGUCCAGGAAACAGAUUCAGCGAUCUACCGCGGAGAUGUCUCCCAGUUGGAUUUACCAAAAAGUCAUGUAUCCUCCGGAUGGUAAGCGCUGCUACUAGCAGCGGCACUAACCCGAAAUAUACCGUUAUCUUCGGAAAGGAGUCCCAAGAGGAAGUUUGGUCUGAAUACGACAGUUCUGUAUGGGAAGUGGUUCAGAGCACCAAAGAGGCAUUGGCAACUCUAGAGGGAAGAAAUCCAGAAAUCCAACCUCUGUUAGCUAUUCUACAGGCAGGUGACGAUGACGGUAUCUUGGAUAUCAAUAAGAAAGUGGUAGAAAAGAUUGGCUUAAAUGUGACUCAGAUUUGUCUGGCAAAGGAGUGCACUGAAGAUGAAAUCGUAGAGCAGCUGCUGAAGCUGAACCAUGACCCCAGGGUGCACGGCGUCUACCUCCACCUCCCCCCAACUUCCCUCACCAGCCGAGUCCUCAACACGCUCAAACCUGAAAAGAAUGUUGAUGGCAUGUCAGAUUUGAAUAUGGGCCGCCUGCUGCGAGGGGACCUGAGCAAAGGUUUUGCGCCACCUGUAGCUUGUGCUGUUUUGGAUCUUCUGGGGAAACAUGAUGCUCCUUUGGAAGGAAAAACUGUCCUGCUGGUUGGAGGAGAAGGACCCCUCCGAUUGGCCCUGCAAUGUCUGAUUGAAAGAAGUGGGAUGACAGCUCAGAGUUGUCAUUGGAACACCAAGACCCUGCAGACUCAGAUGAUGCAGGCAGAUGCUGUGGUGCUGUUGAGUGCAGGAAAUAUAGAUGUUCCACCUACCUGGGUGAGACCAGGGGCUGCUGUCAUUCGCUGUGAGCCCACCACAGGGCCAAACGAGCGUGCCUCAAGAUCUGGAUUAGGAUACCUCACAGCAGCUUACAGAGCACAGAAUGUGGUCCAGAGCUGCAGCUGGUGGCUUCAAGAUCAGCAGUACAAACCCUGGCACCUGCGCAGCCUCAAACUACAACCCCUGACCCCUGUACCAAGUGAUAUAGAGAUAUCCAGAGCUCAGACACCCAAACCAGUUGAUCAACUGGCUGAGGAAAUUGGUUUGCUUCCAGAGGAGCUCGAAGCCUACGGCAGGAGCAAAGCUAAGGUUCGACUCUCUCUAUUGGACCGCCUCCACUCGCAGCCUGACGGCAAAUAUGUGCUAGUUGCUGGUAUAACUCCCACUCCACUGGGUGAGGGUAAGAGCACAGUGACGAUCGGCCUGGUCCAGGCGAUGUCAGCCCACCUGAAGCUCAACUCUUUUGCUUGCCUCCGGCAGCCUUCCCAGGGACCCACCUUUGGGGUUAAAGGGGGAGCUGCAGGAGGGGGAUAUGCCCAGGUCAUCCCUAUGGAGGAGUUUAAUCUUCAUUUGACGGGUGACAUUCACGCCAUCACAGCAGCCAAUAACUUGGUGGCAGCGGCCAUCGAUGCCAGAAUGCUCCAUGAGGCGACACAAUCAGACAAGGCCCUGUUCAAAAGACUGGUCCCUUCAGUGAAUGGAGUCAGGCAAUUCUCCCCCAUCCAAAUCUCCAGGCUACAUCGUCUCGGCAUCAGUAAAACAGACCCUGCAUCUCUCUCACCGCAAGAAGUCAGCUCCUUUGUACGUCUUGAUCUUGAUCCUUCCAAGAUCACCUGGCAGAGAGUUGUUGAUACAAAUGACCGUUUUUUGAGGAAGAUCACGGUAGGACAGGCGAGCACUGAAAAAGGACGGAUCAGAGAGACUGGGUUUGAUAUUGCAGUGGCCAGUGAGAUCAUGGCCAUCCUAGCUCUAGCAGACAGUCUGGAGGACAUGAAAAGCAGACUGGCGCGCAUGGUGGUGGGAACCAGCCGCUCUGGACAACCUGUCACGGCAGAGGAUCUGGGUGUGAGUGGUGCUCUGGCAGUGCUGAUGAAAGAUGCUAUUAAGCCCACUCUGAUGCAGACUCUUGAGGGUACGCCAGUGUUUGUCCAUGCUGGGCCCUUUGCCAAUAUUGCCCAUGGCAACUCCUCUGUGCUGGCAGACAAGUUGGCUUUGAAGUUGGUUGGACGGGACGGCUUUGUGGUGACUGAAGCAGGUUUCGGGGCUGACAUUGGGAUGGAGAAAUUCUUCAACAUUAAAUGUCGAGCUUCAGGUUUGAGGCCCAAUGUGGUGGUGCUGGUUGCAACUGUUCGAGCACUGAAGAUGCACGGUGGAGGCCCACACGUGUCAGCAGGUGCACCUCUUUCCCGAGAGUAUAUUGAUGAGAACCUGAGCCUGGUUGCAGGUGGUUGCCACAGCAAUCUGAGGAAGCAGAUCCAGAUCGCACACCUGUUUGGCGUACCAGUAGUAGUGGCACUAAAUGUUUUCAAGACGGACACACAGGCAGAGAUUGACCUCGUGUGUCAAAUAGCCAAGGAGUGUGGAGCGUCUGACGCCCUGCCCUGCAACCACUGGUCUGAGGGUGGGCGAGGUUGCUUGGAGUUGGCCCAGGCUGUGAAUGAGUCGGCCCACAGACCCACAAACUUCCAGUUUCUGUACAACACAGAGAUGCCCAUAGUGGAGAAGAUCCGAACAAUAGCCCAGAAGGUGUAUGGGGCUGACGACAUUGAACUGUCCCCAGAGGCCAAGAACAAGAUAGAUUACUACGAUCAACAAGGUUAUGGUUCACUGCCCAUCUGCAUGGCCAAGACCCACUUGUCCCUGUCCCACAUGCCUGACAAGAAGGGUGCACCCACCGGAUUUGUUUUGCCAAUCAGAGAUGUCCGUGCUAGCGUUGGUGCUGGCUUCAUCUACCCACUUGUGGGAACGAUGAGCACAAUGCCUGGCCUGCCCACCCGGCCCUGUUUCUACGACAUAGACCUCAACCCUGUCACAGAGGAAAUCACUGGUCUCUUCUGAGCAUGCUCAAUGAAGAUAUUCUCAUAGGGUCUCAGCUCUGUUCUCGCAUCAUCAGAUUCAACCAUCGCCUGCACUCUUUGACUUGACAUGGUGUGAUGUCUUUCUCUUCCCAGCAAGCCCAGCACUGCGCACAUUAAAGUUACAGAAGCCCGGCAUCCACAGCCAAAGGCUGAAACCUCCCAUGUAGUCUUUCACCUUUUAAGGGGAACUGUUAGCAGAUGUACAGCCAGUCAGCAUAGUAAAAAUGUUUGACUUAGAUCUGAGCGUCAUACCUCACAAGCUCAACAUAAACUGUCCAUAUUGUAACUGGACAGCUCAGGCUAGCAGGGCUAAACUGAAAAUGAUGCAUCAGCCAGAACAAACCAAAUUUCCUUUAGUUUUCAGGUUGAGACAACAUUUUCUGAAGGA